AUGCAGUGUACCUGUACAGGUCAACCGUUACAAUCAAAUUGCGGAUGCGCUCCUGCUUUUUCACAGCCAGUUCAAAUCGCUACAGUACAGUGUGAACCAGCAUGUCAACAGAGCUGUGCACAACAAUGCGUCAGCUCCACUUUGAACACCUGUCAACAAAACUGUCAAAGCAAUUGCCUGAUUAGCUGCGUUCCACAAUCCCAACCAUCUGUAAGCCAGUGCCAGCCGUCAUGUUCCCAAGUUUGCCAGCAAUCGUGUAUCGCUCAACAGCAACCUGCUACGUUUUGCAGUAACCAGUGUCAAUCGCAGUGCUCAAAUGCUUGCAUUGACACCCAACCACAGGUUGAUUUGCAAAUUAGCAUUCCAUUACAACAACAAAACCAGCCUUGUCUACCGGCAUGUCAACAACAAUGUCUGCAAUCUUGCUAUGUUCAGCAGCUACCUCACAAUACGUGUGACAAUCAGUGUCGUUUGCAAUGCAGCAAUAUCUGCGUCACUCCUCCAGUUGCGAAUAAUUUACCUCCUAUUACUUAUGAGCAAUGCCCACUGAUUUGCCAACCCGCCUGUCAGCCAUCCUGCAUUCAGGAGCAGCCUUCACAAACCCUCCAAAUGAUAGUGCCAGUUCCUUCUCAGGAUGCUACAUGUAUGCCUCGUUGUCAAACACAAUGCCAAUCGACUUGUGCUAUUCAACAACAGCCUGUAGCAUCAUGCUUAGACUCUUGUCAAGCCCAAUGUGCUAAUGUCUGCUUAGCUGCAACGCCACAAGCUCAGGCUUCGGGCCCAUUAUCAACUCAAUGUGUACCGGCAUGCAUGCCUAUUUGUGACAACAGCUGCAUAACCCAACAAUAUAUCUGUGUACAGCAGUGCCAGGCACAAUGUGCUCCUGCCCAACCACCCAUACAGUGCCAACAGUGCCAAACAGCUUGCAGAGCACAAGAGCCACAGGUAAUUCAGGUUGUUCUUCAAACGAAUAUGGCCCAAUCUGCACAAUGCCAACCUCAAUGCGAGACCAUCUGCAUCGCCCAGUGUACCCGACAGCUGCAACCGUUAGCUACCUGUCAACCUGCCUGUCAACAGAGCUGUGCGCAAGUUUGCUCUCCAGUUAUUGCACAACCUGUCGUCACCGCAUGCGAACCAAUGACUACAAUCCAAGCCUGCAAGUGUCAAAUAGGAUACGCACCAUGUAACAGAGGCACUCAGUGUUGCUUGCUUCGAUGA